AUUUUUAAGGGACUUUUUUUUUUUAAACUAGUUUUAGGAUUCUAGGCUGGCAGUUUAUUUUUUUUCAGCACUUUACUGUAUAUAAUUCAAUUGUUAUUUGACAUAUAUUUCCUGUUAAAAAGUUAGCUCUUAAUCUUAAUGUUGUUCCUUUAAUAUUUUUUACUAUGGUUUUGUUUUUCUGCAGUUUUACUAUGAGGUGCUUACGUAUAGUUUUCAUUGUAUUUAUCCUGUCGGGUUUGUAGAGCUUGAAACUGUGGAUUGAUGUCUUUCAUUAGUUUUGGGAAAUAGUUGACUCUGAUGUUUUAAAUAUUGCCAUUUCCCCAUUAUAGAAAGACUAGACCUCUUUCUGCAGAGUCACAAAUUUAAAACUAUUUUCCUAGUAACACUAAGAUAUUGCUUUCUUCUUUUACUCACAUUCUUGCAGGAGAAUAUAGUGAAGUACGCCAGAGGCUAUAUGAUAUGUGAAGACAGUCGUUGUUUUAAUGGCUAAUGUAAUAUAUGCUUGUGUAUUCUUAUGUUUAAAUUUUUAUUCAGCUUUAAUUUUUAAUGUGAUAAAUGUCAAUAAAUAUAACCACGUAUACAAAAGUUCUUGGGGAGAUCCAUAUUUUUUAAGAGUAUGAAAAUAUCCUUAAGCCAAACAGUUUGAGAACUGCUGGGGUAGGCAUUUUGACUCUAUCCCAUAUAUUUCAUAUUUUUUAUAGUCUUCUAUAUUUUAUAUAUUUUUAUUUUCCUCUUUAUGCUUUUUUUUAAAUGGGAAGAGUAGGCAUUUUAAUUAUGCUCCAAGGUGUUACAGAGCUAGAUUAACAAAUUUCAGUCAGUAUAAAAUAGACUUAUUGUCAAUAUUCAGUCAUAAUACAACCCAGGUAAAUGAAUCAUUACUUUAUACAAGGCUCAGAUGUUUAAAAUCUAUCUUAACUUUACACAUGUACUAUAAAAUGAUAAAUACUUAAAAUGACAAUGCAAGGGAAAUAUUAUAAAAAUACAAUUGUUGUAGACCCUUGUAUGAAAGCUCUUUAAAGUUCUGCCUUAAGGAGUAAUACCAUGCUGCAUAUCAGAACCAAAAAUAAAGCAUUUUCCUUGAGGUUACAAUGCUCAGCGAUAUACUGGAUGAACUCUAAAGUACCAUGCCUGACAAGAAUCAGAAGAGACAAGGCCUUCAAUAAUUUGAGAGAAAAAAAAAGAGAGAGGAGUAAUCAAUUGUCAUAUGCUGAUUUCUGCUGGAAUGGCCUCUUUAAACAAUUAUAGCACUGUGGAAGAACUGAAGAAGGGGACCAGUCUCAGCUUUAUAUAAAGGAUUUCCAAGUCAGCACAAACUCAGACAGUGUUAAAAGAUAUGGGCUUACCUCCACAAAAUUAAGACCAGAAACAUUUUAAAAAGCUCCAAGUGGUUUUCUCUGGAAUAUUAAAAUGGAAAUCCAAGAAGCUUAAAGAUCCUCAAGCAGGGUCUGUCUAUGAUGGUGAGGAACAUGGACGAUUCAUGGAGAAGCUUGAAACUCGCAUCCGCAAUCAUGACCGAGAAAUUGAGAAAAUGUGUAACUUUCAUUACCAGGGCUUUGUGGACUCUAUAACGGAACUGCUGAAAGUAAGAGGAGAAGCCCAGAAACUCAAAAAUCAAGUGACGGAUACUAAUAGAAAACUACAACAUGAGGGAAAGGAACUGGUAAUAGCAAUGGAAGAGCUGAAGCAGUGUCGACUACAACAGAGAAAUAUUUCUGCCACUGUUGAUAAAUUAAUGCUGUGUCUUCCAGUCCUGGAGAUGUAUAGCAAACUGAGGGACCAGAUGAAAACUAAAAGGCAUUAUCCUGCACUGAAAACUCUGGAACAUCUAGAGCAUACCUAUCUGCCUCAAGUAAGCCAUUAUCGAUUCUGCAAGGUGAUGGUGGACAAUAUCCCCAAGCUUCGAGAAGAAAUUAAGGAUGUUUCUAUGUCUGAUCUCAAAGACUUUCUGGAGAGUAUCCGCAAACAUUCAGACAAAAUUGGAGAGACUGCCAUGAAGCAAGGAAAUGAUCCAUAUGUAGUUGAAGAUUUGGUGUGUCCACAGGAGGAGGCCCAACAACAAAGAAACCUGGAUAACAUCAUCUUUCAACAACCCAGGAUAGGUAGCAAGAGAAAACCUAAGAAAGAUGCAUAUACAAUUUUUGAUACAGAGAUAGGAAGCACUAGCCCCAAGUCUGAACAGGAUUCAGGAAUUCUGGAUGUUGAAGAUGAGGAAGAUGAUGAAGAGGUACCUGGGGCCCAAGAUUUGGUUGAUUUCUCUCCUGUUUAUCGAUGUCUACACAUAUAUUCUGUCCUGGGUGCCCGGGAAACGUUUGAGAACUACUACCGAAAACAGAGGCGAAAACAGGCUCGUUUGGUGCUCCAGCCUCCUUCUAACAUGCAUGAAACUUUAGAUGGCUACAGGAAGUAUUUUAAUCAAAUUGUAGGCUUUUUUGUGGUUGAAGAUCACAUUUUACAUACAACCCAGGGUUUAGUAAAUAGAGCCUACAUCGAUGAACUGUGGGAAAUGGCACUUUCAAAAACCAUCGCAGCACUCCGUACUCACUCGUCUUACUGCUCUGAUCCAAACCUCGUGUUAGAUUUGAAGAACCUCAUUGUGCUUUUUGCUGACACACUUCAGGUGUAUGGUUUUCCUGUAAAUCAGCUUUUUGACAUGCUGUUAGAAAUCAGAGAUCAAUAUAGUGAAACUUUGCUAAAGAAGUGGUCAGGUAUUUUCAGAAACAUACUUGAUUCUGACAACUACAGUCCUAUACCAGUAACAAGUGAAGAGAUAUAUAAAAAGGUGGUAGGACAAUUCCCAUUCCAAGAUACAGAGCUGGAAAAGCAACCAUUUCCAAAAAAGUUUCCAUUCUCUGAAUUUGUGCCAAAAGUUUACAACCAAAUUAAAGAAUUUAUCUAUGCCUGUCUGAAGUUUUCAGAAGAUCUUCAUCUAAGUUCAACUGAAGUUGAUGACAUGAUUCGUAAAUCUACAAACCUGUUGCUAACUAGGACUCUGAGCAGCUCUCUGCAGAAUGUCAUUAAAAGGAAGAAUAUUGGACUUACUGAGCUUGUCCAGAUUAUUAUCAAUACAACACACUUGGAGAAAUCCUGUAAGUACUUGGAAGAAUUCAUCACCAAUAUCACUAAUGUGCUUCCAGAGACAGUCCACACCACCAAACUGUAUGGCACCACGACUUUUAAGGAUGCCAGACAUGCAGCUGAAGAAGAGAUUUAUACCAACUUAAACCAGAAGAUUGACCAGUUUCUACAGCUGGCUGACUAUGACUGGAUGACAGGAGAUUUGGGCAACAAAGCUAGUGAUUACCUAGUAGACCUCAUUGCCUUUCUCCGUAGCACCUUUGCUGUCUUCACACACCUUCCUGGAAAGGUGGCCCAGACAGCAUGUAUGUCAGCUUGCAAGCAUUUAGCCACGUCCUUGAUGCAACUUUUGCUGGAAGCUGAAGUAAGGCAGCUCACCCUGGGAGCAUUACAGCAGUUCAACUUGGAUGUCAGAGAAUGUGAACAGUUUGCCAGAUCCGGCCCGGUGCCUGGGUUCCAGGAGGACACGCUGCAGUUGGCCUUCAUCGACUUGAGACAACUUUUAGAUCUCUUCCUCCAGUGGGAUUGGUCAACCUACCUUGCUGACUAUGGUCAGCCCACCUGCAAGUACCUCCGGGUAAACCCUGUGACAGCUCUGACCCUGCUUGAGAAGAUGAAGGACACUAGCCGCAAGAACAACAUGUUUGCACAAUUUCGGAAAAAUGAGCGAGACAAGCAGAAAUUGAUUGACACUGUGGCCAAGCAACUCCGGGGACUCAUCAGCAGCCACCACUCAUGAAGGCAGGCCUCAGGCCCACAGAGGCUGCUGGCUGCAGCCCCAGAGUCCGGACCCCAGCACUGGCUGGCCCUGCAUUUGUGCAUUCUUCUUCAAAGAGAGCAAAUGUAUUUUUUUAAUAACCUAUGUACAGUAUUCGCAUAACCUUUCCCUAUAGUGAAAGAGGCACGAGGGUAAGCAAGUCCACGAGCUGUUGCUAGGCUUCAGGGGAAGUCACACUACACUGUCUGUAUUUUCCUAGAGAUGGCGGUGUCAUUGGUCCAGUAUCGGUAUCGGUAUCGGUAUCGGUAUCGGUCCACCUUUCAUCUGUGGCUCUAGAGCUUAGAUCUGGGGCUCAGAAACCACACAAACAAAAUGGGUACUUGGCACUGGGAGGUAAGGUGAGUAGGCAGAAGGAUAAUAAAGUACAUCCUGUUCACUCCUUGGUGCCCCAUUCACCGUGUAGGUGAGGCCGAUUCUUCUUUAUGCAAGGAAAGGGCCUGGAAAACAUUACUACUUAGUCUAUCAAAGACCAGCACACAGUUCUGGAGGUUCAUCUCUUCAGUCCACUGACUUUCACUGACCAGUGAACAAGCGUGCUGUGUGGCAAGAUGACGGCUUCGCUCCAGUCCCCGCAAGGAUGGCAUUUUUUAGCCUAGAUCUGACCCAAUGCUUUUACUUCUAAGUUUUCUGGGGCCCGGUAGAGCUGAGUAUGCAGCGGGAAGAAUUGGAUCUCAUGACUAACUAUAGGCUGCCCCACACCAGGAGGAGAUCUUGAAAGCCAGUGCAAAUGGAAUCAGAGCCCCAGCCCUUCCCCAUUCCUCUCAUUGCCUUCUUUCAGGGUCAGGGUACUUGGUUCAGGGCAUAGGUCAACAGUUAUUCCAUAGACAGAGAGUCUCAGACUUGGCCUCUUCCAGCAGUGUCAUUGGGAUAGUCAGAUUCCAGAAGCCUGAAAAUGGCCCUUACUUUACCCUUAGGUAAAACCUUGGAAUCAUUCCUUUGUGUUUUAAAGCCAACUUUCUGGCCACCAUCUUUAAAGGAAAUGUCAUCAACUCUGAACUGUGGGGACAGCUGUAGCUGGACUGGAUGCCUUUAGGGAUGGAACCACUGUCACCGUGAAGUAGAGCGGGUCAGCCAUGGCUAGUGGUUUGUUACCCAUGGCACAGCUGUCCCUCACUAAGUCAUAUCCUGGAUAAGCUCUUCUUGCUCUAGCCCAAAGCUUCCAUCCCCUUUUGAGAUCCCCAUAGCUAUCUUUUGGCUUCAUCUGAGAAGGAUUGCCUAUAAUCCUAUCCCUCAAGCUCUGGAGUUUGCAAAGGAACCUGGACCAGCUAGCUUGGAGGCUGUGUCCUCUGUCCCAAAUGGGCUCCCGAGACUUAAUGCAAGGGCUUCACUAUGAGGUCAGGCAGAGGAAUCUGCCCUUUAAGACAUUUCAGGAAGAUGCUACUAAGCCUGCUGGCAAAAGUAUAAUUGUGCAUCACCAAACAACGACAAA